AUGCUUCGAUCUAAUGUUCACCUUCUCGAUCUACCUAAUGAAAUUUUACUUCUUAUUUUGAAAAAACUUGAUAAUAUUGAUGUGCUUUGUUCAUUAUCGGAUAUUAAUAAUGAAAGACUUGACGUUUUGGCGCAACAGAAGAUUUUUACAAACAUUCUGAAUUUUGUACCUGCAUUAACUGAUGAUGUUUAUUUAAUUCCUGCUUCAAUACUUGAUCGUUUUUGCUGCGAUAUAUUGCCAAGAGUUCAUUAUAAUGUCAAAUGUCUCAUACUUGACUCAGUACAUAUAACACGAAUUCUUCUCGCUGCUGAUUAUCCUUGUCUCGAAGAUUGUCUUUCUCUGCUUGAUGGUCGUCUCAAACAAUUAUCAACAUUAAUUAUUAUCGUUUAUGGGACUCAGAAUCAUUCAAUGCUUGAUCAAAAUAUGGUUGAUGUAUCUAAUCUGAAGUGUUUCUCAUUAACAUACAAACGGAUUGAAGCUUAUGAUGCACAGGUUGUACCUCUUCUUCGUCGUAUGUCACAUCUCGAAGAAUUAACUUUGUAUCUUUGUAUCUAUAACCGAUCUAUAUUCGUGGAUGGUACACAUCUUUAUAAUGAAAUUCUUAUUCAUAUGCCACAACUUCGUACAUUUAUAUUUUAUAUACGUACAAAAAUUGAUAUUGGUAAUUCAAUUCAUCAGUUACCUGUUAACGAUAUUCAACAAACGUUUAAUAAAAUACAAUGCCAGGAAGUGGGGUGUAUCUUAAAUUACAACUCUGUUACAAGUAUAUGUCAUGUUUUUUCGCUUCCGUUUUCAUUUGAUUGUCUCGAAUGGAUUGGCAAUACGUUUCCAAAUAUUACUUUCAAUCAUGUUACUUUUUUAAAGGUCUUUGAUUCAGUUGCAUUUAAACAUGAAUUCUUCAUUCGAGUUGCACGAUCUUUCCCAUUGCUCAAGGAGUUCUUUGUUAUAAAUUGUACAUCACAAUUCUUGUUUUGGAAACGGAAAAACUUGCAAUUUCAAGAUUAUCAAUCAUAUUCAAUUGUUGAAUUUUCUCAUCUUACAUCACUUAACAUAAGCCAUGCUGAGAUUGAUUAUGUUGAACAAUUUCUUAACAGUACUAAAACUUCUCUACCUUGUCUCACUAAAUUAGAAGUAAAUUAUGAUAACUUGAUAUAUGUGACAGAAAACUUUGCAAGAGAUGCAACACGAGUCAAUUGUUCUAAAGUGAAAUGGUUAAUUGUUGAAAGGUCAAUAGUUUAUUUGAAAGAUAUUCAUCAUUACUUUCCUUCAUUACAAAUGUAA